CUUCUCAGCGGAGCGCGCGCGCGGGAGAGGAAGGCUUCCCUCGGGAGGGUCUGGUGAACCGCGCCUUCCCCCAACCUGGUGCCCUCCGCGUGUGCUGGACAACCAACUCCCGCCAACCCAGCUGGGGGUGAUGAGAGCCGUAGCUGGCGGAGGGUGUUAAUCGCUUAAGCCGCUUCGAGGUCUUUUGGGUCACGGAGCGGUCUAUAAGUAGAAAGAGCGCCCAAGCAAAUAAAGUCGCUCCUCUUCCCGCGGCACAAGAGGGAAGCACGAGCAUUGCUUUAUUUGUGCUCGCGCUUUGCAGGGUGCGCCACUGUAUGUAAUGUUGCCCGCUUUGGAUUAUUUAUCAUGCCUUCGCUUAAUAAGCUGAGAUAAGAACGAGACUAUUCCUUUUUCUUUUGUAGGUCAGGACACAAGAAAUGGAGUCCCAAGAAAUAAGCUUGAACCGCUAUCGCAUGCAGCGCACAGCAACACUGGCCCAGGAAGUUCUGGAGCGGGCAAGAACACGGAAGUUGAAUUGGCCAUUGCCUGCUACAUUUGAAAGGAGGGCUUUUCAGUCAGGAGCAUCGUGGAAAGCAACAGCCAAUGCUACAUAUCAUGAAGGCGAGGAUGAAGAUGCAUGUCUUGCUGCUGCUUUUGCUUCUGUUGCUGAACACAUGGGCCACAUCUCAGCAGAAUGCGAGAACUAUUACUGUUGCGUACCACCAUUUCAGUUCAAAGAGUAUGAAGUUGCACAUAUAUUCAGAUACCACAGCAGGGAGUCAUCUGCAAACUUGCUAAAGGCAUUUGAAAAUGAGGAAAGUAAAAAUGUCCCAAUAGUGGAAGAACCUGGUUGUCCUGAUACAGAUACAGCUGCUUUAAUUCCAGCAGAGAAUGCUGAACAUAAAAUAAAAGAUAUCUACAUUGAAGUUUCUCCUGGCACCUACACAGUCUCUGCCUCUUCGUAUGACAACACAGUCAAACAAACACAUCUGGUAGACGUUCGGUCAGGAGAAAGCGUAAAUUUGACCUUUGAUUUAUGACUGAUAGUCUUUCUGUUUCAUCAAGGUAACAAAUGAAAUAGAUUUUGGUGUCUUUCAAGUGUCACUUUUUAAAUAAAUUUUUCUCAGGCUAUUUACCCUAUAUAAUUAAAUAUGAUCUCAGGUUUUAUGCUGUCUGUAUAUUGUAGUGUGAAACUUUGUUCACAUUUGCCCUAAAUUGAAUCAUGUGUAUUUUCACUUUUAUACUAUGCAAUGCCUUGUAAACAAUAAAUUUAAAAGUGCAAAUGUU